GAUCCGAGGGUGUAGCCGUACUCUGGAGCUCAAGAGGAUUUAUCCCUGAGGCGGAAAAACAAUUACCUGAAGGAAGACAGAUAUAGAUCAUUGAGUACUGAGAUGCUUACUGCCUAAAUGAGACAAUAUAUCCUUAUGGAAGUAGCAGUGCUAAGGAAGGGGAGACUGGGGGAAUGAUCGAGCCCCGCUGGAGGAGGAGAGAAGGAUAGCGGUCAAUCCUGUGGGGUAAUUAGGGGUGCAGUUCCCGGCAGGAGGGAUUAGGCUGAGUUUCUCAGUUACAUUCCUCCAUCUCAGGGUUUCAUUCCCGGAGAAGAAAUGCAGCAUACGCACCAGAUCUGGAAGCAGUUCAGGAGAACCCCUUUCUCCCACUCCUAUUUCUCCCUCAAAGCCGGUGCCAGCCGCGCAUAGGCAGAGGGGUGCAGGGACUAGGGAGCAGCGCUGUGCUCCGGGGCUGAGAGAGGAGAGGCUGCUGCCUUCCUGCCCCCGUUACCGCGGCAACCGCCCGGGCUCCCCCAGCCCCGCGCCUCCGGCCAUGGAGCUGCUGGCAGCCGCGCUCAGCGCCGCCUGCGCCCUCGAGCAGGACAGCGCCGCCGGGCAGCCCGGCAGGGACCCCGCGGCAGCUGCUGAGUCCCCCACCGCUGAGGGGCCACCCACGCACCCCAUGACAGCAGAUUCCUGGAGGAACCUCAUCGAACACAUUGGGCUCUUGUAUCAGGAAUAUCGAGAUAAAUCUACACGCCAGGAGAUUGAAACUAGGCGACUGCAGGAUUCACAAACAGACCCUGAGGAGAGUUCACCCAGUGAGGAAACUCCAUCUGAAGCAGAGCCCACAAGUACAACUGAAAGCAAAGCUCCACCACAAAUCAGUUUGCUGAGGAACUCCAACUCCAGGUUCAACUUAUGGCAGGAUCUUCCCGAGAUCCGGAGCAGCGGGGUCCUCAGCAUCCUCCAGCCAGACGAGAUCAAGCUGCAGGAGGCCAUGUUUGAGCUGGUUACUUCUGAAGCCUCGUAUUACAAAAGUCUGAAUCUGCUGGUUUCUCACUUCAUGGAAAAUGAACGUCUGAAAAAGAUCUUACACCCGUCUGAGGCACACAUCCUCUUCUCCAAUGUCCUGGAUGUCAUGGCUGUUAGUGAGCGCUUCCUGUUGGACCUCGAGCAGCGAGUGGAGGAGAAUAUUGUGAUCUCGGAUGUGUGCGAUAUUGUCUACCAGCAUACAGUUAAUCACUUCUCCGUGUACAUCACCUACGUCUCCAACCAGACCUACCAGGAAAGAGCUUACAAGCAGCUUCUCCAGGACAAGCCAGCUUUCCGGGAAGUGAUCUCACAGCUGGAGCUGGAUCCUAAGUGCAAAGGCCUGUCCUUUUCUUCCUUCCUGAUUCUGCCGUUUCAAAGGAUCACUCGGCUGAAGCUGCUGGUGCAGAAUAUUUUAAAGAAAGUGGAAGAGAAGUCUGACAGAGAAAACACUGCUCUGGAUGCACAUAAAGAACUGGAAACAGUGGUGAAGGCAUGCAAUGAAGGUGUCAGGAAGAUGAGCCGAACUGAGCAGAUGAUCAGCAUCCAAAAGAAGCUGGAAUUCAAGAUCAAGUCUGUUCCCAUCAUCUCUCACUCCCGUUGGCUGCUGAAGCAGGGGGAACUCCAACAAAUGAAUGGUCCGAAGACAUCACGAACACUUCGCACCAAAAAACUCUUCAGAGAAAUCUACUUGUUCCUUUUCAAUGAUCUGCUGGUAAUUUGCCGGCAAAUUCCUGGGGACAAGUACCAAGUAUUCGACUCAGCUCCUCGUGGACUUCUUCGGGUAGAGGAGUUAGAAGACCAGGGGCAAAGCUUAGCCAAUGUCUUCAUCUUGAGGCUGCUGGAGAACGCAGAUGACCGGGAGGCCAGCUACAUGCUGAAGGCAUCAUCCCAGAGCGAAAUGAAGCGCUGGAUGAUUUCGCUGGCCCCAAACCGAAGAACCAAAUUUGUUUCGUUUACAUCAAGACUUGUUGACUGCCCGCAGAUCCAGUGCGUCCACCCCUACGUGGCCCAGCAGCCGGAUGAGCUGUCCUUAGAACUGGCUGAUGUCCUCAACAUCCUGGACAAAACAGAUGACGGCUGGAUAUUUGGGGAGCGUCUUCAUGACCAGGAGAGGGGCUGGUUCCCCAGUUCUAUGGGGGAAGAGAUCCUGAACCCCAAAAUCCGAGCUCAGAACUUGAAGGAGUGUUUCCGAGUGCACAAGUCGGAUGACAGUCAGCGGAGGAAACUGGGCAGCAGAAACCGCCAAUGACCGCCG